GGAAAAUUAUCGUUAGUGGUGGUGGUGGCAGUGCAGUAGCAGCCUGUGAACAUGGCCGAAGAGGACAAACCCACACUGAUGGAGAUGCGGAUUUAACAGCUUAACAGACACCCUGAUAUACUGCAGCCAGGUGGUCUUAGGUGGUCUCAACCUUUUGCUCUCUCAGGGCUAAAAUCAAGGGAAUGUGGUGGCAGAAGUGAGGGAUCUAUAAAACUGGAGAAGAAAGCCUCCACUGGACUCCAAGGCAACUGGAGCAAUACUACAUUGAUGCCCUCACUGCACCCCUACUGGCAAUUCGGGCCUCCGCACCAGUGAGGCCCCCCAUUCCAACCUUCCCCUCCCUUUAACCAGUUCCUAGAACCGUACACCCCUCCGACACCAUGUUCUCCUCCAACUUCUUGAGUGGGGGGAACCCACUGAGUGCCAUGUCUUCUGCAGUAAACAAGCUCAGUCUGUUCGGGGAUGAGAGCGAGGCUGGACAAGACAAACAACAGCACCAGCAGCCACAGCAGCAGCCGGGCCCCCUGAAGCCGAAAGCUGGUGAGCAGCAGGGGAACGGACAGCCUGCCUCACAAGGCGCUCCAAAGCAAAGCAGGCAGCAGCCCCCAGGAGGAGGUUCGGGUGGUUCUGGUGGUCCUCAGCAGCAAAGAAUGGGCAGAGGUGGACCCCAGCAGCCAGGAGCUGGCAGAGGCGGCCCCCAGAAACAAGGCGCUGGUAGGGGAGGUCCACAGCAACCAGGAGUGGGCAGGGGAGGGUCUCCACAGCAGGGAAGGGGCAGGGGUGGACCUCAAGGGCCUGGAGCCCACCAAGCAGAACCGGCUGCUAAAGUGGGGGGGAAGUCACUCUGCCCAAUCUGCAAAAACACAGAACUCAAUUUAAAAUCCAAGGAACCACCCAACCAUAACACCUGCACACAGUGUAAAUCGGUGGUCUGCAGCAUGUGCGGCUUCAGUCCUCCAGAUGCAGCAGCUAAGGAAUGGCUUUGCCUCAAUUGCCAGAUGCAAAGAGCUCUUGGAGGUGCAGAACCCCCUGGACCCCCCAUGAUGAAACUACCAUCUCAGCCUAGCAAAGCGCCCACACCAUCCCAGCCCCCUGGAAAGCAAAGUCCCUCCCCAGCACAAAAGAAAGACCCACCUCAGAACAAAGGGUUACCUCCAUCGGCCAACCAGCAAACCAAACCUACAGAAGGUCAGAAACCACCAGACAAGAUCAGCUCAGCUGCAGCAAAACAAGCUACUGGUGCUCCUGCAACCCCACCAUUACAACAAAAGCCAUCUCAGCAACAGACAGCAAAAACUAACCCAUCCCCUGCCAAGCCUGACCCAUCACUAAAGGCUGAACCCCAUGAGGAACAAUCAGGUUUCUUUGGUUUUGGAUUUGGUGGUGCCCGAUCUCGAUCACCAUCUCCUCAGCCUUCUGCUUCUGCUGUUUCUGGAAAGGUUUUAGGUUUUGGUUCCUCGUUCCUCAGCUCAGCAUCUAAUCUGAUCUCUUCAGCUGUUCAGGAUGAGCCUUCUAAAUCACCCUCAUCAUCGCGUAAAGGCUCAUCUGUUUCCCAGACCUCUAUUAAUACACCUCCUGCAUCUCGCAAAGGAUCGGAACCUUCGAAGGACUCCUCCAAACCUCCUGCAACCCAAAAACAAGAAGAGAAGAAGCCACCAGAGCAAAAGAAACAGGACGACAUGCAGCCAACCAAAGCAUCUGUAGCCCAAGCAAAGAAUCCCACCUCUUCUCAAGCUCCAAAAGUAAACCCAGGCAGUCCAAAAGCCCUCCCCAAAGCCUGCCUGAUCUGCAAGGUGGAACUCAAGAAAGAUCCUCCUAACUACAGUUCCUGCACUGAGUGUAAAAACAUUGUGUGCAAUCAAUGUGGUUUUAACCCAACGCCUCAUCAGUCAGAGGGAAAACGUUGGGUUUGUCUAAACUGCCAGACACAGCAAGCAUUAAAAGGAGUAGAACCAGAAGGACCUCAAUUAAUGAAACCCAAACCACAGCCCAGUGAAGCCACCACACAAAAGAAUGAUCCUCCCAUAGAUCCCACACAGAAACAAUCCACAGCCCAAAUUACGAAGACCAGCUCUGCCAACCAGAAAGUUACCCAGAAAGACGAUACUCCCAAACAACAGCCCAGUGUAACAGGAGCAAAACAGACUAACCAUCAAAAGCCUCCUGAUCAGCAGACAGCAAAGGCCGUCCCUCCCCCAGCCAAGUCUGAACCAUCCUCAAAGGAAAAGCCUCCCCAGGAGGAGUCUAGUUUAUUCGGUUUCGGUUUUGGUGGUGCACGAUCUCGAUCACCAUCUCCUCAGCCCGCUGCCUCGGCUGUUUCUGGAAAGGUUCUAGGCUUUGGUUCCUCCUUGUUCAGCUCAGCUUCUAAUCUGAUCUCUUCGGCAGUUCAGGAUGAGCCUUCCACCACACCACCAACCUCCCGUAAGGGUUCCUCAGUGUCCCAAAGCUCUGCCAAUGCAACCAGCACACCUCCUGCAUCACGCAAAGGUUCUGCAGCAUCAGCUGCCAAACUCUCAUCAACAGGGACAGAGACUACCCCCUCAUCAGCUGCACAGAAGGAGAAGCUAAACGAACAGAAAGCCAAGGAACCUUUAUCUCAGUCGAAGAUGCCACAGCUCUCCUCACACAUGCCAAAACUAGAAAAAGAUGCUCACCCUCUCCCCAAAGCUUGCCCACUCUGCAAAGCUGAGCUUAAAAAGGAUCCUCCUAACUAUAACACCUGCACUGAAUGCAAGAAGACUGUUUGUAACCUUUGUGGAUUCAACCCUAUGCCUCAUCAAACUGAGGUGCUAGAGUGGCUUUGCUUGAACUGCCAGACACAAAGAGCCCUCAGUGAUGCCUCAGUGGGUUCAAAGAAAACCUCUGGGCAACCAGUGUCUUCAGGAAAGACGGGAACAGCUCCAUUAUCACAGCCGACAUCAGCUCCUGUGGUGGAUCCUACAAAGAAAUUAGCUAAUCCUAAAGUAGGGGCCCCACAAGGGGAAGACAAGAAAGUUGGCAUUGCUCAGAAGUUACAAGACCAGCAAACUAAGGCGCCAAACGGUACACCCCCUGCGCACAAACCUCAGCAGCAAGAAACUGGGAAAUCUCAGGUAGAGGCAGCAAAGACAGUCAAAUCAGAAACCCAGGAAGAGUCAGGAUUCUUCGGUUUCGGUUUUGGUGGCGCUCAAACUCGACCCCCAUCUCCUCAACCUGCCGUCUCGGCUGUUUCUGGGAAAGUUCUAGGCUUUGGCUCAUCCUUCCUUAGCUCAGCGUCCAAUCUGAUCUCAUCGGCUGUUCAGGACGAGCCUUCCACAACUCCGCCAACCUCUCGCAAGGGUUCAUCAGUUUCCCAGACUUCAUCCAAAACAACACCACCUGCUUCUCGUAAGGGUUCAUCAGUUUCCCAGACAUCUCACAAGCCUGAAACAGCGGCCCCCACGCCAGCUACUUUUCAAAAAGGUACUGAAGCUUCCCAGGAUGUAAAGAGAAUACCACAUGCAAAUCAGAGUAAACCAAACGUCGAUCAACAAACAGAAGAAAAGAAGGUCCAGGAACCACAGCCAACCAAAACACCAUUACCACAAGCUAAGAAGCUACCUAAUUCCUGUCCACUUUGCAAAACAGACAUCAAGAAAGACCCCCCUAACUACAACACCUGCACUGAAUGCAAGAGUAUUGUGUGCAACCUUUGUGGAUUCAACCCUGUGCCACAUCAAACAGAGGUAAAGGAGUGGCUCUGCCUAAACUGCCAGACAAAGCGAGCGUCACAAGCAUCAUCUGUUCCGCCCCAGUCACAAGCUAAGAAAACCCCUCCACCCUCAUCCCCUCAAAAAAAGGACACCGCUGCUAUGGAAGCCCCUCAAAAGAAGGGAGGGCUUUCUAAUGAAACUGUUAAAAAAGGCCAGGAAACUGCUGCAGCAAAGCAACCAUCUGACACAUCUGCUGGAGUUGAUGGGAAGCAGCUGAAUGCUACUCCCACGCAACAGCUCAAUCCCCAGCAGCCAACCAGUCAAAAGGAUGAUAAGCCUCAAAAUCAGACAUUGAAAGGUCAACCCUCUUCUGCCAAGACUGAAAACCCUCAAGAAAGCUCAGGCUUCUUUGGGUUUGGUGGAGCUCGAUCUCGAUCGCCAUCUCCACAACCUCCUGUUUCUGCUGUUUCUGGAAAGGUCCUAGGUUUCGGCUCAUCUUUGUUCAGCUCAGCGUCAAAUCUGAUCUCAUCAGCUGUUCAGGACGAGUCUUCUACAACAACGCCACCGACGUCUCGUAAGGGUUCACAGGUUUCUCAGAGUUCCCUUAAGACAAGCACCCCACCCUCUUCUCGAAAAGGCUCUGCAGUGUCUCAGUCAUCUCUCAGAACCACCCCACCACCUCCAACUUCACGAAAGGGAUCUGAAACAUCCGAAGAUGCUCAGAAUAAACAACCACAGCCCCAGCCAAAUCAGGACCACAAACAGGAGAAGACAAAGCCAGUAACUCUGCAGGGAAAAGAGCCAUUAAAAGGAGCUGAAUCCAAACCAGAGCCCUCAAAAGUUCAGGCUGUUCCCAAAGAUUGUCCACUCUGCAAAGUGGAUCUCAAGAAAGACCCUCCCAACUACAACACCUGCACUCAGUGCAAAAGCAUCGUUUGCAUGCAGUGUGGGUUCAAUCCCAUUCCACAUCAAACAGAGAUGAAGGAGUGGCUCUGUUUGAAUUGCCAAAUGCAGCGAGCUUCAGCAGGUCCCCCUACACCACCACAAGCUAGCAAGGUCCCUCCAUCAGUAACACCACAGAAGAAGGAGAUUUCAGGUCUAGAAAAGGAUAAGAAACCACUUGUUGAUGGAAGACCAGAAGAAAAACAAGCUGCAGCAGAGAAAAAGCAACCCUUGACUGUUCCUACAACAAAACAGGCUCAGAAUCAAAAACCUGAGCAGCCCCAGCAGAAAAAAGCUGGAGUUUCUGAACCUCCUCCCAAAGAGGAAUCGGGCUUCUUCAGCUUUGGCUUUGGGGCACGAUCUCGGUCACCAUCUCCCCAGCCUCAGCCUCUUGCUGUUUCUGGAAAAGUAAUUGGUUUUGGAUCCUCUUUCCUGAGCUCUGCAUCUAAUCUGAUAUCUUCAGCUGUUCAAGAUGUGCCAUCUACAACACCUCCAAUUUCACGCAAAGGCUCUACCAUUUCUCAAACCUCUGAAAAGACAGCCCCAACACCUCCGACUUCCCGUAAAGGUUCUGAGGCUCCUCAACCACCUCGGAAGCUCAGCUCCACACCACCUGCUGCCCAAAAGGGAUCCUCCCAGGACUCUCCAAAAAUGAACCCAAAGAACAUAACAAAACCACCCACUGAUCAGAAUCAGGAGGUCAAAAAACCUACACCAACACCUGGGCCCAUUCCAAAGGGCACAGCACCUCCAUCAGAUACUAACAAAACAUCAGCAACUACUCAGCCUCUUCCCAACAACUGCCCACUCUGCAAAGUGGAAAUUAAGAAGAAUCCUCCCAACUACAACACCUGCACUGAGUGCAAGAACGUAGUUUGUGACCUUUGUGGAUUUAACCCAACACCAGACCAGACAGAGGUCAAGGUGUGGCUCUGUCUGAACUGCCAGGUGAAGCGAGCAUCAGGACCACCUAAUCCAGCUCCGCCUCAACCGGUCAAAGCACCACCAUCGCAACCAUCACCACCACAAAAGGAGGUUCAAGCUCAAGGUCCCUUGCAAAAACCUUCUCAAAAUCAGGAAUCGAAAGCCGCUCCUCCAGAGCAGAGAUCAAAAGGUGACGGACCUGCAAAACCUACUCCUCCACAAACCGAACCCUCGAAAGAGGAGUCAGGCCUUUUUGGUUUUGGUUUCGGUGCUGCUCGAUCUCGCUCCCCAUCCCCACAGUCUGCUGCCUCUGCUGUUUCUGGGAAGGUUCUCGGCUUUGGGUCGUCCUUCCUCAGUUCAGCAUCUAAUCUUAUUUCUACAGCUGUCCAGGAUGAGCCUUCCAAAACCCCUCCGACGUCUCGUAAAGGUUCCUCAGUUUCUCAAGCUUCGGUUAAAAGUCCAACACCACCAGCUUCUCGCAAAGCAUCUUCAGUUUCGCAAACCUCUGAGAAGACUCCCUCAGUCUCUAAAGAGCUGUUAAAGGAAACAAAACCUGGGGAGAAAAAAGCAGUGGAACAGGCCACCAAAGGACCCUCCGCUCAAGAGAAAAAAGAUGCAUCAGACCUCCCAAAUGCCUGUCCACUGUGCAAAGAGAAAAUCAAACAUGUUUCAAAUGUUAGCACGUGCACUUCUUGCAAGAGUGUUGUGUGCAAUUUCUGUGGAUUUAAUCCAACACCGGAGCAAACUGGGGUAAAGGAGUGGCUUUGUUUGAACUGCCAGGUUCAGCGAGCAUCAGAACCUCCACCUUCACAAACCCAAGCUAACAAAGUAGCUCCACCAGUAUCCUCGCAGAAGACUUCAGAUAUUCCCCAAAAGAAACCAAGUCACCCAGUAGAUGCUACAAAGCAAGAUCAGAAACCAGCUGCAACUGUGCAACCAGUUGCUUCAGAGAAGAAAACAAAUUCAGAUUCCACACAGCAAGAUCAGGCACUUUCUGUUGCUGGGAAACCAGAUGAGUCCCAGAAACCCACUUCCCCUCAAUCUGCACCAAAGCCUUCUACUGCAAACCCUCCUCCGAAAGAGGAGCCAGGCUUUUUUGGUUUGGGGUUUGGUGGUACAAGAACUACAUCAGAUUCAGCCUCUGCUGUUUCUGGAAAGGUUCUAGGUUUUGGGUCAUCAAUCAUUAGCUCUGCAUCUAAUCUGAUUUCUUCAGCAGCUCAGGAUGAGCCCUGUACAACACCACCAGCAUCCCGUAAGGGCUCUGCUGCAUCCCAGACAUCUGCAAAGAAUGCUCCAGUGCCACCAGCUUCUUCACAGGGAUCAGAUUUACAAACCGCUCCAAAACCCACCUCCUCUGAGGAGACAAAAACACCUGCUCUUCUCAAAAAGGAAGAAAAGAAAUCUGCAGAUAAAGCACCAAAUGCUCAGUCUGCCAAAGCACCAUCUGCUCCAGCGAAAGAGGAUGAAAACUCAUCAAAAGUCCCCAGAAAUUGUCCACUUUGCAAGGAAAAAUUCAAAGAUGAACCUCCGAACUUUAGCACUUGCACUUCCUGCAAAGCCACUGUGUGUAACUUGUGUGGAUUCAACCCCAUGCCUCAUCAGACAGAUGUGAAGGAAUGGUUGUGUUUGAAUUGCCAAAUGAAGCAAGCACCAGUACCCCACCCUGCACAGCCUAAACCUGAGGAAAGCAAAGCACCACCACCAGUACCAAAGAAGGAUGUUCCAGCUCCAGAUCCACAGAAAGAUGAGAAACCUUCUGCACCUGAUAAAGCAAAAGACAAGCCAGGUUCAACAGAGCCCCAGAAACCUACAACUCCAGCAGCACAGAAACCUUCUCUUACUCAGUCUGCUCCUCCACAAAAACCUGAGCCUAAAGAAGAGCAGUCUGGUUUCUUUGGUUUUGGUUUUGGUGGUGCUAGAUCUCGAUCACCAUCUCCUCAGCCUGCUGCUGCCACUGCUGUUUCUGGGAAGGUUCUAGGCUUCGGCUCAUCCUUGUUUAGUUCUGCAUCUAAUCUGAUCACCUCAGCUGUUCAGGAUGAGCCCUCCACGACACCACCAACCUCCCGCAAGGGCUCUACAAUAUCGCAGAGUUCUGUAAAGACUGCUCCAACUCCACCUUCCUCUCAAAAGGGAUCUGUAGCACAGAAACAAGAGGAAAAGAAAGUUUUAGAAGAUAAAUCAAAAGAGCAGGUGGCGAAGGCCCCAGUUUCACUUGUUAAAAAGGAUGCCCCUCCAUUAGAUAUUCCCAAAGCUUGUCCACUCUGUAAGGCUGACAUUAAGAAGGAUCCUCCUAACUAUAACACCUGCUCUGAAUGCAAGAACACUGUGUGUAACCUAUGUGGAUUCAGCCCUGUUCCACAAACUGAGGUGAAGGAGUGGCUGUGUUUGAACUGCCAGAUGAAAAGGGCCCAAGAACCUUCUCCUGCACAGCUUCAAACACAGGCUAAGAAAUUUCCUCCACCAGCAUCACCACAGAAGGAGACUCCAACUCCUGGUUUUCCAGAGAAGAAGCCAAGUGCUCAGGUAGAAACUACAGUGAAAGAUGAGAAACCAUCUGUGGCUGCAAAACCAGAGGACAAGCCUCAUCCUGUUGUGGAGUCCCAGAAAUCCACUACUGUUCCCACUACACAACAACCUGCUCGAGAAGGUCAGAAAGCACCAGAACAAAAGCCAACUCAACCGCAGAUAGCAAAAGCUGUCCUAUCCCCUGCCAAGUCUGGACCAAAGGAGGAAUCAGGACUCUUCGGUUUUGGAUUUGGUGGUGCCAGAUCGAGGUCGCCAUCUCCUCAGACUGCUGCUUCUGCUGUUUCUGGAAAGGUUCUCGGUUUUGGCUCCUCUUUUCUUAGCUCUGCAUCUAAUUUGAUCUCCUCAGCUGUUCAGGAUGAACCAUCCACCACACCACCAACCUCUCGGAAGGGUUCUUCAGUAUCUCAGAGUUCUGCAAAGAAUGUUCCAACACCACCUGCUUCACGAAAGGUAUCUGUAGCACAAAAACAAGAGGAAAAGAAACUUCCAGAAGAGCAGGCGGUAAAAGCACCAGUUUCUGUUGAGAAAAAGGGUGAACCUCUCAAAGAACCUCUUGGAAAUUGUCCACUUUGCAAGGUUGAGCUUAAGAAGGAUCCACCUAACUAUAACACCUGCACUGAAUGCAAGAACACUGUGUGUAACCUUUGUGGAUUCAGCCCUGUUCCACAAGAUACUGAGGUAAAGGAGUGGCUGUGUUUGAACUGCCAGAUGAUGAGAGCCCAAGGACCACCUCCUGCACAGCCUCAAACACAGGCUAACAAAGUUCCUCCAUCUGCGUCACCACAGAAGAAGGAGGCUUCAACUCCAGGCCUUCCAGAAAAGAAGCCAACAGCUACAGUAGAGGCUGCAGUGAAAGAUCAGAAACCAUCUGUGGCUGCAAAACCAGAGGAAAAGCCUCUUCCAGUAGCUGAGUCCCAGAAAUCCACAGCUGUUCCAUUAACACAGCCAUCUGCUCAAGAAGGCCAAAAGGCACCAGAACCAUCCAUCCAAAAAGAUGCCAGUGCAACUCUACCUUCAGAACAAAAGCUAGCUCAACAGCAGACAGCAAAACCUGGCUCAUCCCCUGCCAAGUCUGGACCACCGCCAAAGGCUGAACCACCACCAAAGGAGGAAUCAGGACUCUUUGGGUUUGGAUUUGGUGGUGCUCGAUCGAGAUCACCAUCUCCUCAGACUGCUGCUUCUGCUGUUUCUGGAAAAGUUCUAGGGUUUGGCUCCUCUUUUCUUAGCUCUGCAUCUAAUUUGAUCACAUCAGCUGUUCAAGAUGAAAAAUCCACCACACCACCAACCUCUCGGAAGGGUUCUACAGUAUCUCAAAGUUCUGCAAAGAAUGUUCCAACACCACCUGCUUCACGAAAGGGAUCUGUAGCACAGAAACAAGAGGAAAAGAAAGUUCCAGAAGAGCAGGUGGCAAGGGCCCCAGUUUCUCUUGAGAAAAAGGGUGAACCGCUCAAAGAACCUCUUGGAGAUUGUCCACUUUGCAAGGUUGAGCUUAAGAAGGAUCCACCUAACUAUAACACCUGCACUGAAUGCAAGAACACUGUGUGCAACCUUUGUGGAUUCAGCCCUGUUCUACAAGAUACUAUGGUAAAGGAGUGGCUGUGUUUGAACUGCCAGGUCAAGAGAGCUCAGGAACCUCCUCCUGCACAGCCUCAAACACAGGCUACCAAAGUUCCUCCACCAGCAUCACCACAAAAGAAAGAGUCUACGACCUCAGAUGUUCCACAGAAACAGCCAAGUGCUCCAGCAGAGACUACAGAGAAAGAUCAAAAACCACCCAUGGCUGCAAAACUAGAGGACAAGCCUGUUCCAGUAGUGGAUUCCCAGAAAUCCUCUGCUAUUCCCUCUACACAGCUGCCUGCUCCUGAUGGUCAAAAAGCACCAGAACCGUCUAUCCCAAAACAAGCCAGUGCAACUCAAUUACCAGAACAAAGGUCAGAUCAACAGCAGGUGGCAAAAACUGGUCCAUCCCCUGCCAGGUCUGGAGAACCGCCAAAGGCUGAACCACAAAAGGAAGAGCCAGGUCUCUUUGGGUUUGGAUUUGGUGGUGCUCGAUCUCGCUCACCAUCUCCUCAGACUGCUGCUUCUGCUGUUUCUGGAAAGGUUCUUGGUUUUGGCUCCUCUUUUCUUAGCUCUGCAUCUAAUUUGAUCUCAUCAGCUGUUCAAGAUGAAAAAUCCACCACACCACCAACCUCUCGGAAGGGUUCUACAGUAUCACAGAGUUCUGCAAAGAAUGUUCCAACACCACCUGCUUCACGAAAGGGUUCUGUCGCACAGAAACAAGAGGAAAAGAAAGUUCCAGAAGAGCAGGUGGUAAAAGCACCAGUUCCUCUUGAGAAAAAGGAUAAACCUCUAAAAGAACCUUUUGGGCCUUGUCCACUUUGCAAGGUUCAGCUUAAGAAGGACCCACCUAACUAUAACACCUGCACUGAUUGCAAGAGCACUGUGUGUAACCUUUGUGGAUUCAGCCCUGUUCCACAAGAUUCUGAGGUGAAGGAGUGGCUAUGCUUGAACUGCCAGAUGAAGAGAGCCCAAGAACCUCCUCCUGUGCAGCCUCAAACCCAGGCUAACAAAGUUCCUCCACCAGCAUCACCACAGAAGAAAGAGGCUCCAACUCCAGGCCUUCCAGAGAAGAAGCCCAGUGUUUCAGUAGAGACUACAGUGAAAGAUCAGAAACCAUCUGUUGCUGCAAAACCAGAGGAUAAACCUGUUCCUUCUACUCCUCUUCCUGCUCCAGGAACUCAAAAAGCACCAGAGCAGACCACUGCUAUUGCAACUCCACCAUCACAACAAAAGCCAGUUGAGCAGCAGAGAGCAAAAGCUGGACCUUCCCCUGCCAAACCUGGACCACCGCCAAAGGCUGAACCACAAAAGGAGGAAUCAGGACUCUUUGGGUUUGGAUUUGGUGGUGCUCGAUCAAGAUCACCAUCUCCUCAGACUGCUGCUUCUGCUGUUUCUGGAAAAGUUCUCGGUUUUGGCUCCUCUUUUCUUAGCUCUGCAUCUAAUUUGAUCUCAUCAGCUGUUCAGGAUGAACAAUCCACCACACCACCAACCUCUCGGAAGGGUUCUACAGAAUCUCAGAGUUCUGCAAAGAAUGUUCCAACACCACCUGCUUCACGGAAGGGAUCUGUAGCACAGAAACAAGAGGAAAAGAAAGUUCCAGAAGAGCAGGUGGUAAAAACACCAUCUUCUGUUGAGAAAAAGGGUGAACCUCUCAAAGAACCUCUUGGAGCUUGUCCACUUUGCAAGGUUGAGCUUAAGAAGGAUCCACCUAACUAUAACACCUGCACUGAAUGCAAGAAUACUGUGUGCAACCUUUGUGGAUUCAGCUCAGUGCCUGAGCAAACAGAGGUAAAGACAUGGCUGUGUUUGAACUGCCAGAUGAAGAGAGCCCUAGGAGCACCACCUGCACAGCCUCAAACACAAGCUAACAAAGCUCCUCCACCAGCAUCACCACAGAAGAAGGAGGCUCCAGUUACAAAUGUUCCACAGAAGCAACCAACUGCUCCAGUGGAAUCUACAGUAAAAGAUCAGAAAGCAGCUAUGACUGCGAAACCAGAAGAGUCCCAGAAAUCCACUGCUGUUCCCUCGACACAACAACCUGUUCAACCCCAAAAGGUUGAGCCAUCAAAAGUGGAGUCAAGUUUCUUUGGAUUUGGUGGUGCUCGAUCCCGGUCGCCAUCUCCUCAGACCGCUGCUUCUGCUGUUUCUGGAAAGGUUCUCGGUUUUGGCUCCUCUUUUCUUAGCUCUGCAUCUAAUCUGAUCUCCUCAGCUGUUCAGGAUGAACCAUCCACCACACCACCAACCUCUCGGAAAGGUUCUACAGUAUCUGAAAGAAUCCCUCCAACACCACCUCGCAGGGCAUCUGUAGCACAAACGAAAGAGGAAAAGAAAGAAACUCAAUCAGACCAGCCGAAGGUGUCACCUUCUCCUGUGACAAAAGAUAAGCCUCUCGCACAGCCUCCUAAAGCUUGUCCACUCUGUAAGGCUGACCUCAAGAAGGAUCCUCCCAACUAUAGCACCUGCACUGAGUGCAAGAGCACUGUGUGUAAUCUGUGUGGAUUUAGCCCCAUGCCGCAACAAACGGAAGUAAAGGAAUGGCUAUGUUUGAGCUGCCAGGUGAAGCGAGCACCAGGUGUUCCACCAGUGCAGGCUCAGCAGCAGCCUACCACAGUGCCUCAACCAGCAUCACCAGUAAAGAAAGAGGUAUCUGCUGCUGGGAAACCAGCAGUCAAACCUGCUCCAAUAGACACCAAGAAAACCAUUGAAUCUGCUCCACCACCAAAAUCUGCAAAGGAGACAAAGGAAGAGUCAAGCUUCUUUGGUUUUGGUUUCGGGGGCCCUCGAUCUCGGCCAUCAUCUCCUCAGCCUGCUACUUCUGCUGUGUCUGGGAAGGUUCUAGGUUUUGGCUCAUCUUUGUUCAGCUCGGCAUCUAAUCUGAUCUCUUCGGCUGUUCAAGACGAGCCCUCUCCUGUGCCUCCCAGUCCCCGUAAGGGUUCUACAGCAUCGGUGAAGGGGGCACCAACUCCCCCUGCUUCUCGAAAACAGUCUGUAGAGCCUGACAAAGUCCUGAAAGGUACCAAAACUAAAACUUCAGAAGAGACAAAGCCUUUAGCUACAAAGAAAGCAGAUGAAAAGGCAGCGGGUGAAGCUACAAAAGUGUCGGCGCCUUCUAAGGCACAGCAUGUAACCUGUCCACUGUGUAAGCAGGAGCUUAAUGUGGGCUCAAAGGAAGACCCCAACUACAACACAUGCACAGAGUGCAAAAACAUGGUGUGUAACCUCUGUGGAUUUAACCCAGUACCACAUCAGACUGAGGUUUGUGAAUGGCUUUGCCUAAACUGUCAAACACAGAGAGCAUUAAAGGGAAUGGAACCUUCAGUUACAAAGCCACAGGCAAAACCAGAUACUGUCUCCACCUCAAUACCGCCUCCAAGUAGUGUAAAGGAUGCAGAUGAACCCAGUAAAAAGGAGCCUCCUCAGGUUCAGCCGAGUGCAGCUACUGUAGAUGAAAGUAAAGCCCCAGUUCUACCCCUUGUCCAAAAGGAGGAUAUUUCAAUUACAACUAAAGCAAAAGAGGCUGCACCCAAAGAAGAAGCACCCAAGGAAAUUCUGCCUCCUGCUGCUAAAGAGAAGGUUUCCGCACCAGUGUCUGCAGUGGAGGAUCAAAAGCCUGCAGGUCCUCAGAAACCUACAACUGAGCUUGAAACUGGCACAGAAAUUGACAAAGUUCUGAAAGAGCCUGAUAAAUCCGAAGCCAAACCGUCACUACCAGAAUCAGAAACCCCGAAGCAGGAGUCAGGUUUCCUUGGGUUUGGGUUUAGCAAUACUAAACCUCAGCCUGCACCAUCCAAGCCAUCUGAGACAGGCACCACUGGGAAGCUCUUUGGCCUUGGUGGUUUGACAGAGAAACCAUCAGCCCAGUCUGUCUCUGCUGUUUCUGGGAAGGUUCUUGGGUUUGGAUCCUCCAUCUUCAGCUCAGCAUCUAAUUUGAUCUCCUCGGCUGUGCAGGACGAGCCUCCUACAACACCACCACCAAGUUCCCGAAAGGGUUCGGCAGUUUCCCAGUCUUCUAUCAAAUCUCCCACGCCACCUGCUUCUCGUAAAGGAUCGGAAGUUUCCCAAACCUCAGGCAAAACACCACCGGCUUCUCGUAAGGACUCUGCAGCUUCGCAGGUCUCUGUAAAAUCACCACCUGCUGGAGUGCAGACAAUUGAUGCAAAGGAACCAGAUCAAAAACCAGACGUGAAGGUAGAUGAGACCCAAGAUUCUGCUAAACCAUCUGCUCCUUCGCAGCCAACUCCUAAACCAACACAGAGUAGCUGUCCUAUUUGCAAGGUGGAGCUAAAUAUGGGGUCUGGGAACCCACCUAAUUUUAACAUAUGUACUGAGUGCAAGAAUAAUGUGUGCAGCCAGUGUGGAUUCGACCCCAUGCCUCAUCAGACAAAGGUCAAGGAAUGGCUUUGCCUGAAUUGCCAGGUGCAGCGAACAGUCAGAGCAGCAGAACCACCAACAGAACCACCACCCGCAUCAAAAUCUCCACAGAAACCUUCCGAAAAGGACAAACAAGCUCCACCUUUGGUGCAAGCACCAGCUGAACCCAAACCAAGUGAUCUGUCAACUGCACCUUCCAAAGAAGAAAAUGUCCCAGUCCCACCACCAUCAGGGAAAGACAUCCCAACUCCAGGCACCCCGCAAAAACCAAGCACAGAUGUAAAUCAGCCGAAGGCGACCCCACCAAGUAAAGAUCUCCCCCAGCCCAAGUCUGCACCACAGGAGAAGCCUGCAAAACCUCAGCCAGAAAUGACCAAAGGUACUGCCUCACCAAUCAAGUCUGCUCCACCUCCACAACCUGAAGCUCCGAAGCAAGAAUCUGGCUUCUUUGGGUUUGGAUUUGGUAAAUCUCAACCUACUCCUGCUAAGACUUCUGAUUCUAUGACCGGAAAACUCUUUGGGUUUGGUGGAUUGACUGAAACGGCCAGAUCGCGGUCACCGUCACCACAGUCUGCUGCUAAUGUGUCUGGUAAAGUUUUGGGAUUCGGGUCCUCCUUCCUCAGCUCUGCAUCUAAUCUGAUUUCAUCAGCUGUUCAGGAUGAGCCUGCUUCAUCUCCACCGACCUCUCGCAAAGGUUCAAUGGUAUCCCAGUCGUCUGCAAAGACGUCUACACCACCUACCUCUCGCAAAGGGUCUGCAGCCUCUCAGGUCUCUCUAAAGAUGACUCCUGCAGAGCCCAAAGCUCCUGAAUCCAAAAAGAUAGAUGAAAAGAAGCCGGAUGAGAAAAAGGUAGAACAACCUCAAGUCAAGGCAUUGCCUGUUACUGCAAAGAAAGAAGCUGGGGCAGAGCCUGAGAAAGUGACAGCACCUUCAGCAUCCAAAGCAGCCCCGUCUAGCUGCCCACUCUGUAAAGCAGAACUAAAUGUGGGCUCGAAGGAUCCUCCCAACUACAAUACUUGUACACAGUGCAAGGAGGUGGUCUGCAACCUCUGUGGAUUUAAUCCCAUGCCACACCUUGCAGAGGCUGAGUGGCUGUGUUUGAAUUGCCAGACUCAACGGGCCCUAGCUGGGCAGAUGGGAGAUGUAGGACAAACCUCUACAAUGCCCUCUGUACCUAAAACAGAGCCUGCAGCUGUAUCUAGCAAACAGCAAGUCGAAACAUCAGUGCAUGCUCAGGACAUUAAAAUCAUUCCUGAGCCAGUUAUGACUAAAGUUCUACCUGAAGCACAAGAAAUGCCAGCAAAAGUACCUCUACCUGCAGCUGGUUCUGUUGCCGUUGCUCCUCCUCUUUCUGAAGUUGACAACAAACAACCUGAGGUAAAAACUCUGCAGCCAGUUGAUAAAAAAGAGAAAACAAUCACCCAAAAUGAAGAGGUUAUGGUUCAAGUUGAGAGUACCCCAACUACACCUAGUAAGCUUGAGGGUGCAGUACUGGGUGAUGAGACUGGGACCUUAAAAGUGGACCAACAAGUGGUGGACAUCUUGCCCGUUUCUCCCGAGUCGUACAGCUCAGCUGAAGAAGAACUUCGUGAAAUCAAUAGAGUCAGUGAGGCUUCAUUGAGAGCUGUAUCAGAAAUGGUCAAGGCUGCAGAGAGUAUGAAGCAGCAUCCUGGCUCAGCAGGAUACAGCAGUGAAAGUGAACCAUCACCACAUCUCCAGAGGUUGAGAAAAGUUAGAGUCGCAUCUUCUAGCAGUGAGAGCCCAGAUUCUGGAGAUGAAGAGUUUAUACGAAAACAGCUAAUGCAGAUGAGUGCAGAUGAAGAUCUGUCACCAAAAGAAGAGGAAAACACAAAACAACAGAUUGAAGAAGAACAACUCCAGAUGCCAGUUGAAGCCGAAGGGACAGAACAGAAAAAGGUCGAAAGUAAACCCAAAAGAAUCCUGCAUCUCGAAGAAACUGCUGACAAUCGUCUCAAGUCAUCUCAGGAACAAGACAAAAAUACAGUGUCUGUUUUAAUCUCAAAUGAAAAUGAACAGGAUGAAACCACAGACCUUAACAGGACUGCAGCCAUUUCUGCACAACAUCAAAUUCCUUUGGAACAGAUGACAGAAGAGGAGAAUUUAAUGGAGGACUCUGAGGAGAAGUCUAAAGGUGAUGGGUCUUCAAGUAUGCAAGUAUCCAGCAUCACAGCAGGAACUGCAUCGCCUACAUCUGCUUCAUCAUUUGAUGAAGAAAGUGAUGUCAGUCCAAGUCACAAGAAGACAAGUCUAAAAGACAAGCAACAAAUUAAGGUGAAGCAUAGGCAAGGUCAACCCCUUUCGCCAUUAGAAUAUUCCUCUGAAGGGGAAGAGAUGGAGAGGUCCAAGAAGGAUGAACUUCCUGCCCAGGAAAAACGUGACCAAUCACCUAUUAAUCUCUCCACAAUGGUGAACAUAUCUCAAACUGAGGAUGAAUGGCAAGCAUUGGGGAUGGAAGCACAUGCAAUUUCCUCUUUUACUAAUAUCUCACCAAGUUUUGAAUCUGAGCCAGAGAAUGCUUACGCUCAUUUGCUUCCAGACGAGAAGCCGUUAAAGAGUGCAGAGGAGGCAUACGAAAGAAUGAUGGAGAAAGCCGAAGCACUCAAAGCUAUGACAAAGAAGAUCACUCCACCUGAGAUAGAGCCACUCUAUGGAGGCAUGCUGAUAGAGGACUAUGCUUAUGAGACACUAGUGGAAGAACCAGCACAGGCUACAGCAGCUGGAGGCAGCAUUCCCGAGGAUUAUUAUCUGAGGGAAGUAACUGUACAAGAGACAGCAAGAAAGCUUAGAACACCGGAGGAAGUCUUUGAAGAGAUGCAAAAGAAGAGAGAGCUCAUGCUUAAGGGACAAACCGACACUUCAGAACAUGCUGUUACUGAGACUUGCUACGUGACUAUGUCAGGAUAUGCUGAAUCCCAGGUGCCUGCUGCAGAAGAACCACCGAGAAUGCAAUCGGAAGUUCUGACACCUGGUACAAGUUCUUCACAAUCAACUCCUUUGUCUCCAGUAUCCCCUAUAUCCUCUUCUGAGCCUUCAUAUGAUUCUGCAGAGGUUAUACAAGUUCCCUCGAGUGGUGAGGAGGACAAUGUGAAGGCUGAAUAUGCAAUUGAACCUAUUGAAUCUGCUACUCAACCUCCUCGAGACUUGCCAGAGCAGAAAGCUCUUUUCCCUAUCCCUGAUCUAAAAAUUACACAGUGUUCUUCUGGAGAAGAAGAAGCUGAGGAGGAAUAUGGCACCACUCAAUUACAUGGAAUGCCUGAGUCAACUGACACUGCUACAGAGGUUUCAGAACAGGCCCAGUUAGUAGAGACUGAACCCAUAUCUGUUGUGUGUGAGGUUCCUCAAUCGAAACCUGUAUCAGUUCAAGAUUCAACUCCAUCUCCACAGUCAUCUCCAGAGUCAGGAAGGCCCUCACCUCGAGAUCAGACUCCAGAGCCGGGUUGCACUCCAGUUGUAAUUCUAAUGCCUGAUUUAGUUUCUGAGCCUGCUCCCCAAAUCUCAGUGGUGAAGGCUCAUCCAGUCACAGGUUCUCAUGAAGAACAAGUCAUGGAAGUGGCACCAGCUCAGACCUCUGAGCCUCUAACUGAAGUUUCUGUUUCUAAACAGAAACCACUACCACCCAAACCAACUCCUGCAUCAGUGUCAGUUGAAGAGUCUGUUAGUAGACCACCAUUAGCUCCAAAAGCAGCCCCAGCUUCUAUGCCAGCUGAGGUUCCCAUGCGUAAACCCCCAUUAGCUCCAAAACCACCCCUGCCUUCAAAACCAACUUCAAAGCCAUUACCUGUCUCCGAAGCCAUCAUAGUAAAGAUACCAGAUGGAGUAUUACCACCUGUGCUGGAUUCGGGCUUGGAACAUACUCCUCCUCCUAUUUAUACAUCAUCCACAGAUUCAUCACAUGAGCAAAUGCCUUUUACAGUUGCAACUCAAGCAUCUGUGGAUACUGUGGUCCCUGCAGUGCAUGCUGUGCCAGCUUCCUCAACCACUUUAGAACAAGUUCCAUGUGUAACCUCGGUUCCUGUUGUGCAAAUGCCUGAUGCUGUAUCUCCUGUUUCAGAGUAUCCCCAGUCUUUAGUGUCAACUUCAACUCCUGCAAUUGCAUCUCCUGCCUCUGUUUCAGUUUCAAAGCCUGCUGCAGUGAUUGUCCAAAUGCCAGACUUAGUUACUUUACCUUCCCAAUCCCCAAAUCAAACUGUGAAUGAAGUGCCUAUUCCACCACCUACUCCUAUUCUGGCAGCAGCCUCAUCAGUAGAGCAAGCCCUUGUUUCUGCUCCAGAAUCUUUCCCAGCACCCCCUCUCACUGAAGCCCAAAGCAUAUAUAUUCCAGUCCAAGUUCCAAUUCCUACUUCAUCUACAUCUAUGGCACAUGGUUCUGUUUGUCCUCCAAUAUCAGAACCAACAAGACCAACUACACACUAUGAGCCAUCUGCUCCAUUACAAUUUGUUCCACCUACUGUUCCUACUUUAGGCAGAACAGUUAUGCCCACAGAUAUAUCAGACCAUAUUCCUUCUACAGACCGCUCACAACCAGCAACAGUUUAUGCACCACCUGUUGCACCUCCUGUAGUUGAACAAACCGGAAUACCUGCUUUACCUUCUCAGCCCAUUCAAUCAGUUGUUCUGGACAUACAGCCAAGGCUAGAGACUAUUCAACCAACAGUUGUUGCCUCUGAGGAAAUAACUACAUCACAGUCUCAAAUUGUGACUCCUAUUCCCACUGUGCAGAGACAAGAUAAUUUUGUUGUGAUGAAACCAAAUAUGUCUGUGAUGAAUCAAUCAAUGCAAGAAAUUGUUUCCAAAGCAGAAGAGGGCAGACAUUAUCCUUAUGCAGCGAGUGUGUCGCCUGUGAUCAGAACAGAUGCAAGUCAAUUUGUGUCAAGUGUGGGACUGACAGGUGGCCAGGCUGAUGAAUCAACUUUGGUUUCAAAUAAACCUGAGCCUCAAGUGACAACUGUCACUUGUCAGCAGAAAGCUGAAAGAGCGGAACGACCCAUUAUUGAAUUUCCACCACCACCUGCAGCUUCACCACCAGAUCUGCCACCUGAUACUUUGCCGCAUCCAGCUGUUAGCCAAUAUUCAGUUCCCAUUAUUUCAAGUGUUGUGAAGACUGCUCCUCGUGAGUCUGUUGUAGGCAAGGCUAGCACUCUGCCAAGGGCAGCAGUACAUAAGCCACCACCUCCAGUCCCACCCAAACCAGUAUGUAUACCAACUGGUUUAACAUUCAGCAGAUCAAGAGAAAGUGUAAAACCACCAGUUCCUGAACCCACAGUUGUUCAAGCAGGUCGUGCUGCAACAUUACCAAGAACAAGAGAACCACCCAAUGCCCUUUCACUCACGUUGGCUGCUCCUGUUGACAGUAAACACAGCAUUACAUCACCGAAAUCUCCUUUGUCACCUCGCUUUGCUAAAACUCUUGAGACAUAUGUGGUCAUAACAUUACCAUCAGAACCAGGAUCACCAGUGGAAGGCAUUACUACUCAAGCUCCAAUACGGACAUCUUCUCUACCGGCUUCUAAGCAACAUUUUCCUCCUGUUGCACCAAGAGUGUUUUCCCCAUCAACAGUAUCUGCACCAAUAUCUGUGGUUCUAGCACCAGUAGUAGCUGCACCACCAAAAGUAGUCACAGCUCCAGUUAUGGCAGCACCUCCUACAACGAUGCCAGUACAAACUGUGGCUCCCUCACCAGUAGUUACCACUGACACAACAUUGGCUACUGUUUCUACAACAAUCUCAUUGCCAGAUGCACCAAGGCCACUUGAGAUUACUCCAAUACAAACUUCAGUUUGUGUACCAGCACUGUCUUCUGUGCCCCAUCCCACAGUGAUAGUUGGGCCACCAAGCAUGAAGGAAACAGUAAUUUAUUCUGCACCACCUGUGACCACAGUGGAAUACACUGCACCAAUAGUAGUUUCAACACCACCUGUAACUUCACCACGUCCGGUAUUUGUAGAACCAUCAAUGUCCUCAAUGGAAUACACUGCACCAAUAGUACUUUCAACACCACCCGUAACUUCACCACGUUCGGUAUUUGUAGAACCACCCAUGUCCACAAUGGAAUACACUGCACCAAUAGUACUUUCAACACCACCCGUAACUUCACCACGUCCGGUAUUUACAGAACCACCCAUUUCCGCAAUGGAAUACACUGCACCAAUAGUACUUUCAACACCACCUGUAACUUCACCACAUCCAGUAUUUGCAACACCACCGGUUUCCACAAUGGACUACACUGCACCAAUAGUAGUUUCAGCACCACCUGUAAUUUCACCACAGACGUUAUAUGCAGCACCACCUGUGACCACAAUGGAAUGCACUGAGCCAAUUGCAGUUUCAGCACCAACUGUAACUUCACCACAGACUUUAUUUCCAGCACCACCUGUGGCUGAAGUACUAUCUGUCUUCACAGAACCAACAAUACGUGAUACUCCACCAGUAAUCCCAGCACAAGCCACCAUUGCUUCAGAAUCAUUGCUGACUCAAUCAGACCUUGCAGGAUCUUUUACCCCAGUACCUGCAAUGGAACCAACAGCUCCUUACGAUAUGAGGCAAGAGCUUGAACAGCAAUACAUGCAAACAGUUUGUCCUGCUCCUAUAACCAUUACCCAAAUCCCAUUAUCAACAGAUCGUCAAGAUACACAAGGUUUGGAUAUGGAGGAGGUACUGAUUAUAUCAGCUUCAGAAGAGGCAAUGGCUGCAAUAGUUCCAACAUCAAUCGCAGUAACUGAGAUACAACAGCAUCAAACAUUUUACGAAGCACAGCAAGAGGUGCCACCAGUUUAUACUGCAACAGCUAUUCCAACUCCACCAGUUACAUUCACUCAGUUCACAAAGUCAGUCGAGAGCCAAGAAAUAAGAAGACCUGAUAAAGUUAGGGCAAGUAUGAGCCAAGUGUACUCUGCAAUUUCAACAACUGAACAGCGUCCUGAUGCAUUACCGAGCCUUGUGACCCAAGUCGUUACAACCGAAGUACAGAGAAUGACUACUGUGUCAGUUGUCCAAGAAAUAAUACCCCUAGAACCUGUGUCAGAACCUGUUGGUGUGGCGGUUAUAGUCCAGCCAGAAAUGCCACAAGCACAAACAAAGCCUAUACAAAAUGGAAAGACACACUAUCCUGGUGAUGUCAUAGAUCUCACAACAUUAAAGGCCAGUGUUACAAUGACUGACAAAGGAAUGGAUCUGACAGCACCUGAAUCAAAUCGACAGUCCUUCUCAAGUGAUACAAGUGGCCGACAGAGAACUGCUGUGCAGCCAGAAAUUGUAAACCUAAGUGCUGAGAUAACUCCAGCUACAACACUCUCUGUUGUGACAGAUAGUAUCACUAUUGUUACCUGUACUGCUACAAUUGCGUACAAUAAUAACGUAGUUGAUAAGCCCCUUAACUUAGAAAGCGCCACUUUAGUGCCUCUGCCACUUACAACAUACAAACCAUUUGAGCCACUGGCUCAAAUAGUCUACAGACCAGUAAAUUCACAACCAAAACCACCUGCACCCACCGCAGAGACCGCCAUCCCCAUAAAUCUGUCUUAUUGCACUGCAGAAACAACAGCACCUUCAUUGCAACCUGUCACAGUGUCACCUUUACCCAGUACAGUGAUUGGUGCUAAAGCUAAUGUACCUAUUCAUACUGAACCGUCAGCUGUUGGAGCUAUAGAUCUCACAACAUCAAAGCCAAUGAAAGCCAUAGUGGCUCUGUCUUCAUCUUCUGGGGUGGUUACAACUGUUGUUGAGGAGGAUGUAGUGCCUGUAGAUCUGACAGCAGGGAGACGUGCAGUGUGCUGUGAUGUCCUCUAUAGGCUUCCAUUCACAGGAAACUGCAGAACACAGCCUCCAGUCACCACACAACCAGACAACCGAAUUGGAUUUGAAGAUGAUCACUAUCAGUAUGAUAAUGCCACAACCCUUGGAAUUGAAGACCUCAGUAAAAUCAAGGCCUCUGUGUCCCUCAUGGAACCCGAAUUGCUUCGUUAUGAGAACAAGAAUGGGUUUGUCUACCAGAAUGGGGCAUCAGAUGGGGCAAUUGAUUUGACCUCAGCAAAAAUGUCAACAGAUGAAGCCCUGGACUACUCAAAGAAAGGCACGUUGUUGCUUUCUGGAAUAACUACCACCCAGGAAGCAUCCUUUGGACCCAACAGUGUACUAAGAUCAUCAAAUGGUGUUGUGUACUCGUGUGUUUCUGCACCCGUUCCACCCACAUAUGCAAUUACGACUCAACCAGGCUCAAUAUUCAGUACAACAUAUGACACUCUCAGCAAUAUAACAGAGCCAUUUACCACACUUCAGAACCAGCCCUCGCCGUACGAGUUUAUACACCCCACUGGACCCGACCAGUCAAUAUUCUUGGAGCCUGAUCCAACCAAGGACAUCCUGCCUUCUGCGCUAGCCAACCUGCUUCCUUCACUUACAGCCUUCCCAGAACUCUACUCCGAUGCCACACUUGAGGCCUUGGCAGCCUCACUUGAUGUCCUGGUAUCUCCGAACUUCCCUGCUUAUGAUGAUGGUAAGAGCCAGCAGUACCAGGCCGAACAUGAGUUUUUGCAGUUAGAGAAGCUGAAGCAGCUAUGUCUUGCUGAGGAACUUGAAUGGGAGCGACAGGAGAUACAGCGCUACCGUGAGCAGGAGCAAAUCAUUGUCCAAAAGGAAUUGGAGGAACUACAGAGCAUGAAACAGCAACUCUUAAUGCAACAGGAAGAAGAACGCAAGGCCCAUUAUAUUCUUCAACAGGAGACAUUCGCCCAGCAGCAACUACAGCUCGAGCAAAUCCACCAGCUACAGCAGCAGCUACAACAGCAGUUAGUGGAACAGAAAGUAUAUCCCUAUGGGUUUGAAACAAAUGAAGAGAUGUCUAAAACCACUGGCUCAGGUAUCAUUUUGGAUACCCAUUAUACUAAAGGUGAUAAUGGCCAGUACUGGCCAGUGAAGGAUGAAAACUCCACAUCAUCAGUAACUGGCGAGGAUUGGUACACUGCUUCCACUGGUGGUUCAACAUUGCCUAAAUCAGAAGGUAUUCUCAAAGAUCCAGAAAGUUCCAAAAAGCUAUUGCAAGCCAAUGAACAAAGUGUAGGGAUAAUUGAUAGGAAAGUACCAGAAAGUGGCAUCCAGACAGAUGAAGAGGAAGAGAUGGAAAAACCUUACUCUGGCCGGAGGCGGCGUAGUAGGAGAAGCGUCGACAGUUGUGUCCAAACCGAUGAUGAGGACCAGGAUGAAUGGGAUGUCCCAGUUAGGAGCAGGCGCAGGUCUCGUUCAAGCAGAUACACCGAUGGGGAACGAGGCAAAGGCUCCAAAGUAUCCAGCAUCGCAGUCCAAACUGUGGCUGAGAUCUCAGUUCAGACAGAUCAUUCUGGAACCAUUAAGAGGUCCCCAGUAAGAGCUCAAUUCGAUACCACCGUAGACCUACACAGAGGAGGCCACACUGAAAGUGACUCAGAUGUCACAUGCGACAGAGACAAGAGACAUUCAGGUCCCAUUGAAAUUGGUGUUACCACACAUCUAACAGCAGAUGGUGUUGGGAUCUCCACAUCAAUGCCCAGGUCUCCCAAGGUGUUGUAUUCCCCAAUCUCACCUGUGUCUCCAGGAAAGGGUUCACAGAAGAUGUUAACAGCUGAACCAUCAAGACAUCCUAGUAGUCCAAGAUCUCUGAAGGCCUCCCAGCGAUCUCUGUCUGAUCCCAAAUCUCUGAGUCCUACUACUGAUGACCGAAUCAUGUACCAGUAUUCGGAUGCCUAUUCCAGCAAGGGCUCACAGAGUGGGACCCCUCUUGGCUCACAGAAGAAAGUAAAGCGUACACUUCCUCACCCACCACCAGAAGAGGAUAACAUUAUUGGCCCGUCUGGAUAUAGUACUGGUUCUGCCCGAAGAAGAAUGUGCAGGAACACCACCAUGGCUCGAGCAAAAAUCCUGCAAGACAUAGACAAAGAACUGGACUUGGUUGAGAGGGAGUCUUCCAAACUCCGCAAGAAGCAAGCUGAGCUGGAUGAAGAAGAGAAAGAGAUAGACGCCAAACUGAGGUAUCUUGAGAUGGGCAUCAAUCGAAGGAAGGAUGCUUUACUGAAAGAAAGGGAGAAGAGGGAGAGGGCUUACUUGCAAGGUGUGGCUGAAGAGCGGGACUAUAUGUCUGAUAGUGAGGUUAGUAACAUCAGAGAGGGACGGGGCAAUGGGCUUGGACUGGAGCGGCCACGAACUGCACCUCAGUCAGAGUUUAACCAGUUCAUUCCACCACAGACUGAAGCUGACUCUCAGUACGCACAACUCGGAAGUCCAUACUCCCAUUAUCAAUACGCCUCCCAAACUGGGACCCCGAGUCACUUUUCUCAGCAGACCUUGUACCAACAGCAGUCCCUUUAUCACCAGCAGGUGCCCUCUUAUCAGUCCCAGUCGAUGUAUUCUUCAGUGCCCUCCCUCAGUCAACAGUCUCAACAAACUGGUUAUGACCAUGCCUCCCAGCUUCUUCUUAUGCAACAGAAAAGUCGCCAGAGUACUCUGUCCGAGUUAGAACCGAAGAUAACCACUAACUACGAAGUCAUCCGCAAUCAGCCUCUACUGAUUGUUCCAUCAUCUACAGACAAUGCAUAUGGGGUCUCACACCUUGGGGGCAAAUAUAGUACCUUAGAUUUGAGAAUGGGUCUGGAGGAAAGAGGCAGUAUGGCCAGCAGUCCCAUGUCCAGUAUUUCAGCAGAAUCGUUCUAUGCAGACAUUGACCAUCACAAUGUCAGGAACUAUGUUAUGAUUGAUGACAUUGGGGAACUGACCAAAGGUUCUACAGGAUUGGCCUCAAACUUUAACAUCCCCGAUAAGGACAUCAGCAAGACUGACAGACUGCUCAGAGCUGCUGAAGUUCGUCGGACAGCAGAUGUCAACGACUUCCUUGGGCCUCUCCAAGCAGCCUCUAGACUGCAUUCAUAUGGUAAGCCUGAUGAGGAUGCAAUGGAGGAGCCAUAUGAGUUGAAGCUUCUCAAGCAGCAAAUCAAGCAAGAGUUCAGGCGAGGCACAGAGAGCCUGGAACAACUCACAGGACUGCCUCAUUAUAUCCAUGCUGAGAGUUUCAGACAUUUCCCAAAAUCAGAGAAAUACAGCAUUGGAAGACUCACUUUAGAAAAACAAGCUGCAAAACAACUUCCCGCCUCAGUCUUGUACCAAAAACAGCUGAAGAAUAAGAGAGCUCUAAUUGACCCCAAAAUUACCAAAUUUUCCCCCAUUCAAGAAAGUAGGGACCUUGAGCCUGAUUACAGUGGUUUCUUGGCCUCCACUGGCUCAGCAGUAACUGGACUUUCCAGCAGGGCAAGGCUCCUACAGGAUGAAAUUACUUUUGGCCUAAGGAAGAACAUAGCUGAGCAGCAGAAAUACCUUGGGUCCUCACUAAGCAGUAACCUAACUCAGUCUCUAAACCUUGGCCAGUCUCUCAACCUCGGCCCAACUUUGAGGGCCUCCCUCCAAGAAGAUGGUACCUAUCCGAGCGGCACCCGUUCAAGACCAUCUUCCAGGCCUUCUUCUGUGUAUGGACUUGACUUGUCAAUCAAAAGAGACCUUUCCAGCUCUUCACUUAGGUUAAAGACAGACGGUGAAGGUAUGGACUCCCAGUUUGGUGUAGCAAGAGCUAAACCAACCAGUCUGCCAAUCAGCCAGAGCAGAGGUCGUAUCCCAAUUGUGGCCCAGAACUCAGAAGAAGAAAGUCCACUGAGCCCAGUUGGGCAACCCAUGGGUAUGGCAAGGGCAGCUGCUGGUCCCCUCCCACCUAUCUCAGCAGAUUCGCGGGACCAGUUUGGUUCCAGUCACUCUUUACCAGAGGUACAGCAGCAUAUGAGAGAAGAAUCACGCACACGUGGCUACGAUCGAGAUAUAGCCUUCAUUAUGGACGAUCUGCAGGGAGCCAUGUCAGACAGCGAAGCACUAAAUGACCCCCUGAUGGUUUUGCACAGAAGUGACCCCAGGCUCUAUCAUGAGAGUGUCAGACACGCACGAGGUCCUAGCUGGAAAGUAGAAGCCUACCAUCUGCAGCAUGAAGAGACUGACUGGUUUGAUAAACCUCGUGAGGGUCGCGGUGGACCACACGCCGUACAGGACAGAAGACAGAUGAAAGCCAUGCAUUAUCCUUUCCCUCACACUCGCAUCAAACUGCUGAGGGAUCCUAAAGACCAGAGUGUUUCAGGGGGUGGUCUGGGGAUCCGAGUGGUGGGAGGAAAGGAGAUUCCAGGAACAAAUGGAGAGAUUGGCGCCUACAUCGCUAAAGUGUCAGCCGGAGGCACUGCUGAGCGGACAGGGAAGGUUGUGGAAGGAAUGCAGGUCCUGGAGUGGAAUGGAAUCUAUCUGAUGGGAAAGACCUAUGAGGAAGUGCAGAGCAUCCUGGGUCAGCAGCAGAGUGGAGACGCAGAGAUAUGUGUUCGCCUAGACCUGAACAUGCUCUCAGACUCGGAGCAUCCGCAGCAGCUGGAGCUGCAGUCUCAGAUAAAGGCCGCUGAUCGUCAGCGCUCUCCUGGUGUAGACCCUAAUCAGUUGGCUGCGGAGCUGCAGAAGGUGUCUCAGCAGCAGGCCCCUGCCUCUGUUCUGGCUGCCCUGGAGAAAGCCGGACACCUGCAUUCCGCCACCGGGUCCGCCGCGUCCAGCGCAGUACCCAGCCCCGGCCAGCCCGGCUCCCCCUCCGUCAACAAGAAACGCCACAGCAGCAAGUCUGCAGAGGCUCUGAAACCACAGCCGCAUCCAAUCACUGGUGAAAUGCAACUCCAAAUCAACUACGACAAGAAUAUGGGUAAUUUGAUCGUUCACGUCCUACAAGCAAGAAACCUCGCCCCCAGAGACAAUAACGGAUAUUCAGAUCCUUUCGUCAAGGUGUAUCUGCUGCCAGGGAGGAGCCAAGUCAUGGUUGUCCAGAACGCAAGUGCUGAGAACAAGAGAAGGACUAAAUAUGUACAGAAGACCCAAAACCCUGAAUGGAACCAGACCGUCAUCUAUAAAAACAUCCACUUGGAACAGCUGAAGAGGAAAACCCUGGAGGUGACAGUGUGGGAUUAUGACAGAUACUCUACCAACGAUUUCCUGGGUGAAGUGCUGAUUGACCUGUCGAACACAGCAAUGCUGGAUAACAUGCCUCGCUGGCACCCCCUAAAGGAGCAAAGUGAAAGCAUCCAUCAUGGCAGAGGUCAGCCCCCACAGGGCGGUGGAGGAGGACCUGGAGGCCAGGGAGGUCAGGGAGGCCAGGGUGGUCAAGGAGGUCCUGGGGGAUUGGGUGGGCCUGGAGGUACAGGAGGACAACCAGGCAACGACCAGUCUCCCAAGUCCUCCGUCAUCAAGAGCCGAAGCCACGGCAUCUUCCCUGACCCUGCUAAAGACACUCAGGUCCCCACCAUAGAGAAGUCCCACAGCAGCCCCGGCAGCUCCAAGUCCUCCUCCGAGGGUCACCUGCGCUCCCACGGCCCCUCCCGCAGCCAGAGCAAAAGCAGCGUCACACAGGCUCACCUGGAGGAGGCCGGCAACGCCAUCGCUGCGGCCGAGGCAGCGGUGCAGCAGUCCCGCCUCCAGCCAAACAGAGCAGGACACAGGCUGAAUGAAGGAGACGGCUAUACUCUGGACAGUGAGGAUGGAACAGGCACUAAUGCAGUGGACAGCGCUAUCUUUCAGGUCCCUCAGCUGAAGGCCAUUCCGAACGGCUUGGAUAAGAGAGGGUCUGAUCCUAUGAACAGCCUGCCUGACUCUGAAAAUAAGAACCAGAUGAUGGGGGAGAUCAAGGUGGCUCUGAAGAAGGAGAUGAAGACUGAAGGAGAGCAGCUGGUCCUCGAGAUCCUCCAGUGCAGAAACAUCACCUACAAGUUCAAAUCACCGGACCAUCUGCCUGACUUGUACGUGAAGCUGUAUGUGGUUAACGUGGCGACGCAGAAGCGGAUCAUUAAGAAAAAGACCCGGGUGUGCCGCCAUGACAGAGAGCCGUCCUUCAACGAGACGUUCCGCUUCAGCCUCAACCCGGCUGGUCACUCCAUUCAGCUGUUCCUGGUGUCCAACGGAGGAAAGUUCAUGAAGAAGACGCUGAUCGGCGAAGCCUACAUCUGGCUGGACACAGUGGACAUGAGGAAACGAGCGGUGAGCUGGCACAAGCUGGUGGCCAGCUCUCCUCACACCCAACCCUGAGCUCCACAACCCAGUGCUGCCCUCAGGGCAUGAAGAUAUAUUGAGCUACAGGUGUCCUCCACACUAAUAGCCAGGCUUAUAAUGCAGAAAGUAAUUAUGAUGAAACAAAAUGUUUCAGUAAAUACUUAAGCUUGUAUUGACAACCUAUGAAAAGUACUACAAAUCUUUUUUUUCUGAAAUUCAGAGCACAAAAUUGCUCACAAAAAAAAAAAGAUCACAUAUUUACCUCCCAAAUGUCUUGGCCAAAGCCGUCACCCUAUGACAAUACCUGCUGAUACACUCAUGUAAAAAAAUAAAGAUAGAAUUUUAGAUGUGCUUUACAUUACAGAUGAUCUAACAUGAUCUUUCAGCAAGUCUAUCACUAUCCAUUCUAGUCCUUACAUCAUAUUUUGUUAUAUAUUUGUCAAAUGUGUUUUUGGCAUUGGUUUAACAUCAUUAACGCAAUGUCCACACAGCAUCGUACAGAACAGAUAGCGUCUUUUCUACGCUAAAAACAGGAAAGAUGCUUUUUUUCUUUUCGUAACAAUCAAUGUAAGACAAUACAUUAUGUACAGCCAAUGUACAGAGUCUUUAUAUGUAGAUGGUUGUGCAGAUCUGAAUAUAUACAGAGAUAUUAGUAGCAGAGUCUGUGACUUUUUCAGAGAAUCUAGUCUCCUCUUUCACCCUCGAUCCACUCUAUAUUUUCUAUAUUAUGAAAUAGAUCAUAUCAGAUUAUGUAAAAGAUAAGACAAUCCUAACUCAGAUGUAGUGACUGUAUCAAUUGGUGAAUUCAGUGUGAACCUCGAGCAUAGCUCCAUCAAGCACACGUGCGCCGUGAUCCUCAGUCUUUGGUAUCCCAACCCGAGUGACCCGUCCUCAAUUCCUCAGACUGUUCAUUCAAAGAUUUUGUGCAGUAUUUCUUUGAGUCUGAGGAUCUCGAUAUCAUCAUUAAUAUAUCAUCAACUCUUCACAUGGACUCGGUUCUCACAAGCAGCUGCGAUGACGGAAUGAAAACUUCGGCUAAACCACAGAUAGUUGGUGAACUAUCCGAAGUGAAAAUCUUUCCUGGGUAUUUUUUGACGUCAUGUUUUGAACACGUCUAUUCGUUCGAGACCUUCAACUAACGUAACUCUAGUUGUUGGAAAAAAAAGUCCUGCGUCCUCAAAAAUGGUUGGUUUUCCAUGAGGCCGCAGAGACGCCUACUCGGAGAUUUAAAUGCACAGUAUGAUUGUAUGUGACCAUAUUUUUACGUUUUUUUUUUUUUUUAAGCAUCUUGGAGUAAUUGUCAUGUAAAUGUUCCGAUGUCGUCAGUCUUGUUCUCUGUUUUGUGAUAAAGUUCUGUGUUCAGACGAAAAUAUGCAACGAAGAAAAAAAAAUACGAGACAAAAAAAAAAAUGAAAUAAAACAAGAUGCAGAAUCUCUUCACUUUGACUGGGGGAUGGCGUCCCUCAAGGCUAAGUAAUUGGCCCUAUUGAAAUCUGGUUGCUGUUCGUGUUUAUUUCAAAUGGUGCAAGAUAUCUGUCUAUAAUUGGUGUCACUGCCCAUUUGUGGUGCAGUUUAAUGAUGCAGUUCUAUUUUCCUUUUGUUUGUUUGUUUGUUUGUUUGUUUGGUUGGUUGGUCGUUUGUUUAUUUGUUUGUUUUGCUUAAGGAAUGAUUGUUCGUCGCUGGUCUGUUCAUGUCUGUUUUAUCAGUACCAGAGACUAGUACCAAUGUCCCAAACACAUUCACUGCCACUUUGCCCUGCACCAUAUCAGUGUAAAUGAUGCAUAGCAACACCAGUGCAGUCGUCUGAUGUCCGCGUUGGUCAUCAGAACACCAAACACACCAGACGAUUAACUCAAGCGUCGACCCAGAGCAUCAGUCGUCUUUGGGCUGAAGAUGUGGAGGAGCUAAUUAUGAAAAACUAUAUAGACACACGGAUUUUCUUGAAGCAGCAGUGUUUUCUUCAGUAAAGUCAGUGGAUUUCUUUAUGAUAUCAUAUCAUAUUUAAUACAUUAAUAAUACGUUGUACAUAGUGAUAGUGAGAGUGUACAGAUAUCACGUGUGCGUGAACAAUGACGUCUUCAUGCGGUGAAUAAAGGGUUGUUGUCACAGUGAGAUGAACUAACACGUGCCAACCUAGUGUCCUAACCAAAUCCACUGGUUCAGUUUGGGUAAUUCUAUGCAACAUAAUAAAUUAUGUCUGGAUGCAUUUUUCUUAAUGUGUGUAAAUCGGUGCGAGUUUGUCUGACUAAAUAUGUACCUUAUAAAUAUUAUUUUACUUUUAAUGAACAUAGAUAUUGUAAAAGAUAUAUAUAAAAAAUUUAAUUAUUGUUUUUUUUAUUAUUACUUGCUGUUAUGACAGUAUAUGUUGAGCUCAUGCACUUUAGUUAUAAGACACUGUUCCAAUGUGUUCUGUUUGACUUUCCAUCAUUUUAAAUCCUGUUAUUGCUAUUAAUACAGUGACAUUUGAAAGGUCACGGGAAAAAAGCAGCUCUUCAUCUACACCAAAAGAAGCACUGAAAUACAUUUCAGCCUUGCUGGUGCUCUACAGAUUUAAGGGCCCACUUUUGACGGCCAAUCAAUUCAACACAUUGAAUAUCAUCAGCUCUGUGUCUGUGCGUGUAGCGUCCCGCCGCUAAUGUAGUGUUGUGUAUCUUGUUUUCAAUCAAUGCUGUGUCCCCUUUAAAUAACGACAGAAAUAAUGGCUCCGCCCACAUGGCCGUCGUGUUCUCUCUACGUAGCCUGAUUUGUCAUGCCGUAUUCCUGGGAAAAACGUACAUUAAAGACGAGUCUGAUGUAUUCAGUUGCAGUAAACAGUGUGAAUGUGAUUAACGGAUUAUUUUUGAUUCUGUAAAUACACGAGAUAUUUUCUAUAAGAAGAGGUUUGAAUUAUUUAUUGGUCUGACAUUGAGCAUGUGAGUGCGAUCUCAAGGUCAAAGUCCUGUCUGUACAUAUGUAUUUGUCUAGCUAUGUGAGCAAUUCAUCCAUUCGAUUGACCCAACGAUGACCCAACCUCUCCAAUAAAGAUCAAUGAGUGGCAUUUCUCAGAAUUAAGAAGAUUAAGAGAAAAAAAAAAUAACACACAAAAGGAAUUCUUUUCAACUCCGAUGGUUGUAAAAGAGUUUCUAGGUUUUACAUGGAUGUUGCAUGUUUCGCUAGAUGUUUGUUGAUAUUUUUGCCUCCAGAUUCUGUUUAAAAAGAGGGACGCUGAAUAGAUUUAUCUGAAGAUGUAUGCUGACUGUAAAAAUGCUUGUACAAUGAGUCUUGUUUUUCACUUCGUGUAAAAAUGAGAAAUUUAAUGUUUUUGUGGUUGUCCACAGGAUGUCAUGGAAUUAUGCAAAUUGUGCUGUAGAAAAAAAUAACAACAAUAAAAUGUUUCCCUGAGUCUAAAUAAUAAAUAUUAAAGAAGAGAUUCUAUUCCAA